AUGCCCUUGGGAUCUCAUCUCCCAAGCCCAGCGGGUCUAGCGCAGUGUGUGAAGGAGGCCCACUGUGAGAGCCCGGGUGCGGCUGCGCUGUUGGUGGCGUGUGUGGGUGGCAGCGGAGGCGAGGGUUCAGGCAGCCAGCGACUGCAGUGGUUCGCCUGCUGCACCUGUGAAACCUGCUAUCCCACCGGACCAUGCCACCCACGCGGCCCAUGCGGCCCUUGCGCUCCCUGCAAAUCCUGCGACCCGUGCUACCCAUACCAAUCCUGCGACAGGUGCGGGUCGUCGCCGGACCUCUGUGUCUGCUGCGGCGCCCCCAACGCAUUCCCCCCCAGGUGGCGCCGCCUGCCCCCGCUUCCCCCCACCAACCCCCACUCCGACCCGGCCUGUUACGGCGCCGUUGCCGCUGCGGUUCCUGGAACCGGGUUUGCGAUUGUGGGUGGCGCGGUGCGUUCCCAGUCAGGAAAGCCACAGCACGUGCGCCACGUGUCAGUGUUUGACUGGCACAUGGGCGCUUGGUUUGACGUGCAGCAGCCGUGCAUGCUGCCCAGGUUGGACCCGGUGGUGGCUGGAAUGGGUGGGGUGCGGUGGAAUGGGGGGCAGAGGGAUUGCCUCGUGGUUGUUGGAGGGUGUGCUGUUCCGUCUUUCCCGCGCGCGAGCGCUGCUGGCUCAUGUGGCGGCGGCAACAGCAGCAGCACGCAGCAGUACUACCAGUUCCCACGGCUCGACUCGCUUGUGCUUGGAGGGCGGGCCUUUGUCCGACGAUACAUCUCGCCCUGCUUUGGUCUCAACCCGGGGGGCUUCAACCGCCACACACACAGCGGCAGCAUGGUAUCAGAGGCAGGUGUGCUGGAGGCUGACUGGGAGAGCGCUGAGAUGUGGAGGGUGGUGGGGGAGUCUGAUGCCAUCCAUGCCAUCUGGACCAGAACACACGUGGCACAAGUCAUUGUAGCGGAUGUGACUGGAACAGGUGAUGUGACUGUAGCAGGUGUGACUCUGUCUGCUGUGACUGCAAGGCCAGGAGCAGAAGGAAACUCAACGAAAGCACGCAGCAGCGCAGCGUGCCAUGCGGCACCUCCUGAGGCGCUUCAAACACCACUAGGCGGCCAGAGCAGCAGGACAAAGCAUGCCACGCAUGCCACACCCGCCACCUACUCCGUGCUCUGCUCCCUCGACCCCUCCCACUCUCUUCUUGUCUUCAACCACCUUCACCGGAAAUGGGUCCCUGCUGGCCCUCGCCUUUCCUCUCCCUCCCCUCCUCGUCCUCCUCUUCCUCGCCCGUCCCCUCACGUCCUCUACCCCUGUAGGAGGGGCUCGCAUGGGGGACAUUGUUCCACCCUACCCUGCCCACCCACGCCACCCUACCCACUCGUGCCACCCUGCUCGCCCGUGCCUCCCUGCGCACCCGCUGCACCGCUCAACUUGGAUGCUGCUACACUCAACCCACACCUACCAAGCUGUGCCAGCAACAAUGCAGCUUCCAGUCUCGUUGUUCCCAAUUCUGCUGCUGCUACCUCUGCCUCUGCUGCUGCUGCUGCUGCUGCUGCUACUGCUGCUGUUGCCAAUUCAGGCAGUGCUGCCAAUUUGGGAAGGCUGCGGCAGCUUGUGGGGUGUGAAGGCCGGCUCUUGGCUCUCUUCCAGCCGCACGACCCGAGCGACCCGCACGACCCAGGACGUUCUCUCUUCGCCCUCUCACAGCCACCCCCCACUGUCGAGCCCCCACCACCGCAGGCACAGGCUUCAGAAAGCGUGUCUGUAGCAGCAGCGGGAGAGUUGAUGCGGCUGGUAAAUAUUGAUAGAGUGGGGAGCCGAAUUGGCUGGGAAAUUGGGGCUCCAGUGGCCUUGCCUGGGAAUGGAAGGUUGCAUCACAUGCUUUCCGUUGCCAUUUAG